AUGAAGAAGUGCGCGUCGGAGCUGCAGCUGGAGGCGUUCAUCCGGGAGAGCGGCGACGACGCCCGCGCCGCCGCCGGGCGUGGCAAUCCCGGGUGCGGCGGACCAGGCGAGCCCGGAGGGAGCGGCGUGUUCUCACCCGGCGCCGGCGGCGCCCUGCCCGGCGUCGGUUUCGCCGACUCGAACACCAUGGAUGAAAGCAGUUGGUGGUAUGGGAGCGUCCGCACGAUGAACCCAGACAUGUCGCGGACGGCGUCCAUCUCCGCCAGCCUCGGGGCAACCACCUCAGCGAACCAUGCUCUUGAAAGCGAGUCAGACUCCGACAGCGAAUCACUCUAUGAGGUAGAGGGAGUUCCAUAUGAGCGAGGCAACAAAUCCAUUGAAACGAAGCGGAUUAGAAGGAUGGUGUCCAACAGGGAGUCUGCGCGACGGUCUAGGCGGAAAAAACAGGCGCAAUUGUCUGAACUUGAGUCACAGGUUGAACGACUUAAAGGUGAAAAUGCAACAUUGUUCCAGCAACUUUCAGAGUCCAACCAGCAGUUCAGUACUGCAGUCACAGACAACAGAAUCCUCAAAUCCGAUGUAGAAGCGUUAAGAGUCAAGGUGAGCAGUUCGAUUCUCGCAGAAACAGCUGCCACAACCACUGAACCAUCACAAGUGUUGCGACUCUCUAUCAGUCUAACCAAUCCGUUUGAAUUGCAGGCAUCUGGAGAACUGAAAAAUGAUGAGGAUUUCGUACACGUUAUAAUUUUUCAUCUCUACUUCGGAGCCUUUCCGUGCAAUUACUUGGGAAUCCCCAUCUCUACUCGCUGCCUGCGCCGGACUGAGGAACAAUUCCUCAUCGAUACCGUCGCGGCGCGUAUUCCGCUAUGGAAGGGCCAGCUCAUGAAUACGGCAGGCAGGGUUGCGUUGACGCAGACGACGCUCUCCGCCAUCCCAGUGCACCUCUCCAUUGCCGUAUGUCUGUCGCCAUGGGCGGUCGACCGCAUUGAUAAGCUACGUCGAUCGUUCAUAUGGUCUGGGUCGGCCUUGGUGGCCGCGGGCAAAUGUCGCGUGGCCUGGGACGUGGUCUGUAGGCCAAAGGAGCUGGGGCCUCGGCGUCAUCAACUCCGCGCGCAGUUUGGUCUCGCACUUAGAUCGCUGGGAGGAGUGGUGCGGAAGGUCGACCCAAACAGUAACUUGGAUCGAUCUCGCCGACAACAACCGACAGACCACGAGUGCCCUCUUCCGCAAAGCAACAAUGGUGGCGAUCGGGGACGGGACCUCAACGCUGUUUUGGCAUGA